GUUCAUACAUUGUCUUUGUAUUCUUAUCUGUUCCUUCAGAACGGUUGACAAAGCUCAAGGCCUGGUCGAAUAGAUCGCAUUCUCACAUCCCCGACGCGCAUUGACAGGAGAAACAUAUGUCGUUGUUGUCCCUGGAGACGGCCAUCAACAUACCUGAACCCCAAUUCAUCAGAGACAUUUGACAUCGGUAGACUAACAAUCCCGAAGACGGAUCUGUCUGUUACAAUCUGACUGGCGACGCUUCCCGCAGCGUCUGCGACUCGGCCUGUCCGGUUGCUGUCGCCCUGACGCACGUUUUUCCUUGCGAUUUCGUAUCGACAGCACUCAAAGACUUUUGCAGUCUUGCAGGUGUAUGGGGGACAUACCACAAUGGCUCCAGGAGGCGGCGGAAACAUCAAGGUGGUGGUGAGGGUUCGGCCUUUCAACAACAGAGAAUGCGACAGAGGAGCAAAAUGUAUCGUGCAGAUGAAAGGAACCCAGACCAUCCUCACCCCACCGCCUGGCAGUGAUGAGAAACUACGAAAGGGUGGAUCGAAAGGCGGCGGCGAGGGUCCGAAAAGCUUCGCCUUCGACAGAUCGUAUUGGUCUUUCGACAAGAAUGAUCCCAACUACGCAAGCCAAGAUAAUCUGUUUGCUGAUUUGGGCGUGCCACUCCUGGACAAUGCCUUCCAGGGGUACAACAACUGUAUAUUCGCUUACGGUCAAACCGGUUCCGGGAAGUCCUACUCGAUGAUGGGAUACGGCAAGGAGUAUGGUGUGAUUCCAAGGAUUUGUCAGUCGAUGUUCGAGCGCAUUUCUAGCCUUCAACAAGAUAGCCAUUUGACCUGUACCGUCGAAGUGUCCUACCUCGAAAUCUACAAUGAGCGCGUCCGCGAUCUUCUCAACCCAUCCAACAAGGGCAACCUCAAAGUCCGCGAGCACCCGUCAACUGGACCAUAUGUUGAAGAUCUUGCAAAACUAGUAGUACGCUCAUUUGGGGAGAUCGAGAACCUGAUGGAUGAAGGCAACAAAGCGAGAACCGUCGCUGCCACGAACAUGAAUGAGACGUCCAGUCGAUCGCAUGCUGUUUUCACCCUCACCCUCACCCAAAAACGACACGAUUCAGAAACAUCGAUGGACACGGAGAAAGUGGCCAAGAUCAGCUUGGUCGAUCUAGCAGGUUCGGAAAGAGCAAAUUCAACCGGGGCUACUGGGGCCCGGUUGAAGGAGGGUGCUGAAAUUAAUCGCUCUCUUUCAACUCUUGGUCGUGUCAUCGCCGCCCUAGCGGAUUCAUCUUCCGGCAAAAAGAAGAACCACUCAAUGAUCCCGUAUCGUGACUCUGUGUUGACAUGGCUACUAAAGGACUCUCUAGGAGGGAACUCUAUGACAGCGAUGAUUGCAGCAAUAUCUCCCGCGGAUAUCAACUUCGAAGAGACUCUUAGUACUCUGCGAUAUGCUGAUUCUGCCAAGCGCAUCAAGAACCAUGCCGUUGUGAACGAGGAUCCGAAUGCACGGAUGAUCAGAGAAUUGAAGGAGGAAUUGGCGCAGCUUAGAGCUAAGCUUGGAGGUGGUGCUGGUGCAGCGGGGAUGGCUGGCGGCGCGGGUGCUGCAAUACCAGCUGAGGAGUAUUACCCUCCAGACACGCCUCUGGAGAAGCAGAUGGUUUCGAUUCAACAACCGGAUGGAGCCGUCAAGAAAGUCAGCAAGGCUGAGAUCGUCGAGCAGCUAAAUCAAAGCGAAAAGCUCUAUAAAGAUUUGAAUCAGACAUGGGAGGAAAAAUUACAAAAGACAGAACGCAUUCAUAAGGAACGAGAGGCUGCUCUUGAGGAGCUGGGUAUCAGUAUAGAAAAGGGAUUCAUUGGGUUGACCACACCGAAAAAGAUGCCACACUUGGUCAACCUCAGUGACGACCCACUGUUAGCGGAGUGCUUGGUUUACAAUAUUAAACCAGGGACUACUACCGUCGGAAGCAUGGACCAAGGAAAUGCCGUGGAGAUCCGACUGAAUGGCUCCAAGAUCCUUCCUAACCACUGCAGGUUUGAGAAUGUAGACAAUGUCGUCACUGUCGUCCCGAGCGAGGGUGCCGCCGUCAUGGUGAAUGGGUUGCGUAUCGACAAGCCGAAACGUCUUAAGAGUGGCUUCAGGGUUAUCCUAGGUGACUUUCACAUUUUUCGCUUUAACCACCCCCAAGAAGCUCGCGCGGAAAGGGUGGAGCAAAGCUUACUGCGCCAUUCCGUUACUACAAGUCAACUCACAUCGCCAGCACCGAACAGCAAGUCUCACGAACGGACGAUCAGCAAGACUGGUUCAGAUUUUGAUGGUGAUUCGAGUCGGGCAGAUUCGCCUUCGCAGAGAGGCCGUGAGUCGGACUGGUUUUAUGCUCGCAGGGAGGCCGUCAGCGCUGCGCUCGGUCCAGACCAGAUCUCUCACCUCCCUGACGACGAACUGGAUGCUUUGUUCGAGGACGUUCAGAAGGUGAGAGCGGUGCGGCGAGGGUUGGUUGAAAACGAGGAAGAUUCCGACUCUCUUAGUUCCGUCUUAGUUCGGGAAAAGUACCUGUCGAACGGGACUAUUGACAACUUCUCCUUGGAUACUGCCAUUACCAUGCCUGGAACACCUCGGCCGACUGAGGAAGAGGAGGGGGCUACCGGUGACGUUGUCGCGAGGCCGGCUAGUCAGAACACGCAGAACCAGGUUGACAAACGAAUGGACCAGGAAGGAGUGAGGAAGGAGGAGGAGGAGGAGGAGGAGGGGGAGGAGGAGGAGGAGAAGAAGAAAAGUCAAGACAACAAAAAGGAAGGACAAUAUCAACUGGGUAGUACAGAGACCUUGUCUAAUCAAGAAACGGAAGAACUUCGACUGCAAAAGCUCCGUAUGGAGGAGGCCCUCCGGACGGCCCAUGAGAACUUUGAAGAACAGCUCAAAAAGCAGAAAGAGAUGUUCGAGUCUCAAAUGAUGGAAAUGGGUAAACCGAUUCCGAAAAUAUACGAGAAUGGAUUCGCCAAACUUGAGCCACAGGAGAUUGAGAUCGCCAAGGCUGUCCUUCGGCACUGGUCGCAACAGAACUACGUGCGGAUGGCCGAGCGUGUGCUUCAAUAUGCGUCUCUUCUGAAGGAGGCGCAGGUAAUGAGCCAUAUCAUGGACAAGAACGUCGUAUUUCAGUUCGCCGUAGUUGACCAUGGUCACACCAUGGCAUCGUCGUAUGACCUCGUGCUUAAUGGGAUCUCUGGUGACGAGGAUGUCGUCCUUGACGAGGCGAAAAAGCCAUGCAUUGCUGUUCGUGUUAUUGAUUUCAAGCAAUGCGUGAUUCAUCUUUGGUCGAUCGAGAAGCUCCAGCGCCGUGUCCAGGCUAUGCGCCAGCUACACCAAUAUAUUGACCGGCCUGAUUAUAUCCAGCAUUUUAAGCUUGAGAAUCCCUUUUCUGAGCCCUGCUCGCCACAGUAUUCUCUCGUGGGUGACGCUGAUGUUCCUUUAACGGCCGUUUUCGAGACUCGCGUUCAAGACUUCUCCAUCGAGGUCACCUCUCCGUACACCCACAAUGUCAUUGGAAUCAUCCGACUCUCGUUGGAGCCAUCCUCGGCCCAGGCACCUUCGUCUACCCUUAAGUUCAAUGUUGUCAUGCGCGACAUGGUCGGCUUCGCCGAGUGGGAAGGGACAGAUGUCCAUGCACAAUUGUUCGUCCCUGGUAUCUCUGAAGACGGGGGUGCCACUACUACUCAGAUGAUCCGUGGGUUUGAUGAGAGCCCUGUUCGAUUCGAGAGUGUCCACAGUAUGAGCCUACCUCUGUCUAGCCCACGUACCGCAGCCUUGAAAAUCUGCGUCUAUGCACAUGUUACGCAUACACAUCUGGACAAACUCCUUAGUUGGGACGAUAUGCGGGACUCAGGUGAAGUGGCCCCUCAGAAGCGGAAAUCUCCUCGUAUUGCAGAGUCUGAAUUCUACUCGGAGGAGAGGCACGAUGUUUUCUGCAGGAUACAAAUACUCGAGUUGGCGGAGUCAGGGGAAUAUAACCCUGUGGAUGUAGUACAAAACAACAACCUCGAGGCUGGCACAUACCAGCUCCACCAAGGCUUACAACGCCGUAUACUGAUCCACAUCACGCAUAGCUCUACCGAAAAUCUGCCAUGGGAUGAUAUCAACAAUGUUCGCGUGGGAUCGGUUCGCUUGCUUGAUCCUUGGGGCAAAAUUCCGGAUCAGGAUCUCCAGACUCCGGAUAUUCCUCUGAAGAUGAUACACGAACCAAUGGUGAAAGAUAAUGCAGAUGGGACGUCCAAUGUGACCAUAAUAGGCCAGUGGGAUUCUAGCAUGCAUGGGUCUCUCCUCCUUGAUCGCGUCACAGCGGAUAAAUACCGUGUGCAGGUAACGCUUCGAUGGAAUCUGAUCUCCGCUCGUCUCCAGGAGCCAGUGAUCUUCGAGUUAGACCAAACUCUUCAAGUAUUGGGCCGUACGUACGUUCGUCCGCAGUCAAUGUUCAAACAAUUGUGGAAUUCCACGCGGGUCGUGCACUCUACAGUCAGCAUGUUCUCCCUAGCCGUUCGACCGGUUUCUGCAAAGCGAGCAGCCGACCUCUGGCGCAUGAGCACGCAGAAUGACUACGUCAAGGGCGAGGAGCUCCUGACGUCGUGGUCUCCGCGAAAAGUCUCUCUCAUUCGAGAUUUCAUCGCAGCUCGCAAACGACGGCGACGUAUCGCGGAACUGCAUGCGGCAAAAGGUGCCCUCAGUGCGGAGAGCCUCGUUGCUUCUCCAGCUAGGAGCAGCGGCAGAUCAACGCCGCUGCGCAACGGAGCGUCCUCUGAACGGAGGCUUGAAAUCCUUAAGAAAUACCUUGAACUUUGGUCUACAAAAUACGGCCUUACGGAUACUAUCCUUGUCCGAAGCAACACAGAGCCUCCCCCGAAAGGAGCGGCUUUUGCCUCGCGUCCCGGAAUAACACCAGCAGCCUCAAAUGAUGCGAGCUGCGAGCCCGACCAGGCGAUAUCUUUGAAACCACGAUUUAUCGCGACCAUCCAGGCCCUGCCCAAGAACCCCACCGUCUCGAAGUCCGGGAACUUGCUCAUGCCGGAUGACAAGUACACUCACUGGGUGCGGCGCUUCGUCGAACUCCGCCUUCCAUAUCUCCACAUCUACUCUGUUCCGGAUGGCGACGAAGUAAACGCCAUUAACCUGCGCAGUUCUCGUGUUGAUCACGCUCCAGAUUUCGCGAGACUUCUCUACGGGCCCAUGAGGGGCCGCCCGAACAUUUUUGCCAUAUACGGGACACAGAAUACGUUUCUCUUUGCAGCGAGGACCGAAGCCCAGAAGAUUGAGUGGAUCUUGAAGAUUGAUGAGACUUACUUUAGCGGCCAUAAUGGCGGCCACGCAGGAGCUAACGGUAGCAGCUUAUGACCGGCCUCCCAGUUCUGUGAGGGCUCGGAGACGAAUUUUAGACAAUCCUGACGUCGGUGCAGUACUGAACCGAUUUUCGACAUUUCUCUCUAUGUGAUGCGCUACGUUUUUAUGCCUCUCUUCCUCUCGCCGCCUCAUUUAGCGACCUGGAGUCCAGAUAUAUCCCCUGUUAAUACUAUUGCCCUUUGCUCCGCUGUGAUAUUACAUUAUCUUGACUUUCUUUCAAAUUUUUCUUUUCCAUUUAAUUGAGAUACCCCCUUGAACACAUUCGAGACAAUCGCCCCGCCAUGGCCUGUACAUAGGAUGUUAGAUUUCUGUAGAAUAAAGGCACGUACAUUCUG